UGGAGAAGCUCUCUGUGGCACACCAGUCCAGCUCCACCAUGGUUCUCUGUGAGGACGGUGAGUGCAGCGUCUGCCUGCUGCCCUACUCCCGCAUGGACAGGAUCCCCCGGCUGCUGCACUGCCGCCACACCUUCUGCGACCCAUGUCUGGAGACCAUGUCGCAGGCCAGGAGCGGGCUCCUCACCGUGGCCUGCCCUCUGUGCCGCCGGGUCACCUGCAUUGGCCGAGGCCUGAGCCUGCAGGAAGCCCUGUGGGUCAACAGCAAGCUGUGGGAGCAGAUACCAGAGGAGGAGGAGGAGGAAGAAGAGGAGGAAGAGGAGGAAGGACUGAAGGGAAAAUCAGAGGAGGAGAGGAUGCAGGCUAAACAGCAGCCCUCAUCUCAGGCAGGAUGCGUUUCCUCGAGGCCCGCCAGAACAAAGCUCAGACUGCCGGCGUUCUUCAGGAGGUUCAGCUGGACAAAGCAGCACCAAGAGAGAAUCGUCCCCGGAGGCAACGUGGAAAUGAAAUCCUGGCGCAGACUUUCAACUGAAGAGAUGUUUUAGAGAAGCUGUCAGGAUCUCAUGAGCGGACUGUAAAGACACUAGAAGACCAGACUCAACUCUGUCAGUCAGUGGAAGGAAAGUUGAGCACUGAAAAUCCAUUUGUGCUCCUGUCAAGACGCUGUUUUGUCCUCAGCCAAAGGUUCCCCGUCUCCCCAUUAUUUAUUCUCGGCUUAAUUCUCCCAGCUGGUGCUGUGGGAUUUAGUUCAGCUGUCCCAGUGGGAUCGACACCCAGAGACCCCCUCCGAACAGAUGGCCUCCUCUGCAUUUGAACCCUAAACACCAUAAGUUAUUGUUACCUUUAUAUAUGAUAGUUAGCUGACAAAGUAUUUAAUAAAACUAUUUUUGAAAUUA